CCGUGUAGUCACACAAUGGCUGUGCACAAGUGGAUCUGCGUGUUGACUUUAGCAAGCCUUUUAUCUGCAGAGUCACAUGCUCAACUUGAUGUAUGUGGCACUGCUCCCUUGAACAACAGGAUAGUCGGAGGUCAAGAUGCACAACCUGGAAGUUGGCCAUGGCAAGCGAGUGUGCAGAUAUUUGGUGGCCAUUUUUGUGGUGGUUCCCUUAUAAACAAAGAGUGGGUGAUGUCUGCUGCUCACUGCUUCUCCAGCUCAGAGCCAGGAGGAUGGAGCAUAUCGUUAGGUCGUCAGAACCUGCAGGGCAACAACCCAAACGAAGUGUCCAUAACUGUUGCUGAGAUCGUGCUACACCCAGGUUAUGACAGUUCCACCAGCGACAACGACAUUGCUCUGCUCAGACUCUCCUCAGCAGUCACAUUCACAGACUACAUCAGACCUGUGUGUCUGGCAGCCAGUGACAGUGUGUUCAACAACGGGACUGAUAGCUGGGUCACUGGCUGGGGCGCGGUCCAGGAGGGAGUACCCCUUCCCUUCCCUGGAACUCUGCAAGAAGUGGAGGUGCCAGUUCUGGGGAACAGACAGUGUAACUGUCUCAAUGGAGUCGGCACAGUCACAGACAACAUGAUCUGUGCUGGUGUUCUGGCAGGAGGCAAAGACUCAUGUCAGGGUGACUCAGGAGGUCCGAUGGUGAACAAGCAGGGCCCCGUCUGGAUCCAGUCUGGAAUAGUUAGUUUUGGGUUUGGCUGUGCUCGGCCCAAUCUGCCGGGAGUGUACGCCAGAGUGUCCAGAUACCAGUCCUGGAUCGACUCCCACAUCAGCUCUGACAAGCCAGGCUUUGUCCGCUUCACCUCCAGUGGGCUGGAUGCUGACAGCAGCUACACCUGUCCUGGUCUGCCAGCUCCUGCUGUUACUCUUCCUGCUACUGCAGGACCAGAUGUUACAGCCACAGAGCCAGUAUCCGAAACCACAGUUCAUGCAUAUACCACACCCAGUGCUGAAUUGUGUGGCAUCACUCCCCUGAACAACAGGAUAGUUGGAGGUGAAGACGCUCCAGCUGGAAGUUGGCCCUGGCAGGUUAGUCUGCAGAGAUUUGGCAGCCAUGUUUGUGGUGGUUCCCUCAUCAACAGAGAGUGGGUGAUGUCUGCUGCUCACUGCUUCUCCAGCACAAGUACUUCUAGAUGGCAGGUUUCUCUGGGUCGUCAGAACCUGCAGGGCAACAACCCAAACGAAGUGUCCAGAAGUGUUGCUGAGAUCGUGCUACACCCAGGUUAUGACAGUUCCACCAGCGACAACGACAUUGCUCUGCUCAGACUCUCCUCAGCAGUCACAUUCACAGACUACAUCAGACCUGUGUGUCUGGCAGCCAGUGACAGUGUGUUCAACAACGGGACUGAUAGCUGGGUCACUGGCUUUGGCGCUGUCCAGGAGGGAGUGUCAUUACCGUUCCCUGAAACUCUGCAAGAAGUGGAGGUGCCAGUUCUGGGGAACAGACAGUGUAACUGUCUCAAUGGAGUCGGUACAGUCACAGACAACAUGAUCUGUGCUGGUGUUCUGGCAGGAGGCAAAGACUCAUGUCAGGGUGACUCAGGAGGUCCGAUGGUGAACCAGCAGGGCCCCGUCUGGAUCCAGUCUGGAAUAGUUAGUUUUGGUUUUGGCUGUGCUCGGCCCAAUCUGCCGGGAGUGUACGCCAGAGUGUCCAGAUACCAGUCCUGGAUCGACUCCCACAUCAGUUCUGAUAAGCCAGGCUUUGUCCGCUUCACCUCCAGUGGGCUGGAUGCUGACAGCAGCUACACCUGUCCUGGUCUGCCAGCUCCUGCUGUUACUCUUCCUGCUACUGCAGGACCAGACACAACUAUAGAUUCAGGAUCCACAGCAUCAAGUGCUGAAUUGUGUGGCAUCACUCCUCUGAACAACAGGAUAGUUGGAGGUGAAGACGCUCCAGCUGGAAGUUGGCCCUGGCAGGUUAGUCUGCAGAGAUUUGGCAGCCAUGUUUGUGGUGGUUCCCUCAUCAACAGAGAGUGGGUGAUGUCUGCUGCUCACUGCUUCUCCAGCACAAGUACUUCUAGAUGGCAGGUUUCUCUGGGUCGUCAGAACCUGCAGGGCAACAACCCAAACGAAGUGUCCAGAAGUGUUGCUGAGAUCGUGCUACACCCAGGUUAUGACAGUUCCACCAGCGACAACGACAUUGCUCUGCUCAGACUCUCCUCAGCAGUCACAUUCACAGACUACAUCAGACCUGUGUGUCUGGCAGCCAGUGACAGUGUGUUCAACAACGGGACUGAUAGCUGGGUCACUGGCUUUGGUGCAGUCCAGGAGGGAGUGUCAUUACCGUUCCCUGAAACUCUGCAAGAAGUGGAGGUGCCAGUUCUGGGGAACAGACAGUGUAACUGUCUCAAUGGAGUCGGCACAGUCACAGACAACAUGAUCUGUGCUGGUGUUCUGGCAGGAGGCAAAGACUCAUGUCAGGGUGACUCAGGAGGUCCGAUGGUGAACCAGCAGGGCCCCGUCUGGAUCCAGUCUGGAAUAGUUAGUUUUGGUUUUGGCUGUGCUCGGCCCAAUCUGCCGGGAGUGUACGCCAGAGUGUCCAGAUACCAGUCCUGGAUCGACUCCCACAUCAGCUCUGAUAAGCCAGGCUUUGUCCGCUUCACCUCCAGUGGGCUGGAUGCUGACAGCAGCUACACCUGUCCUGGUCUGCCAGCUCCUGCUGUUACUCUUCCUGCUACUGCAGGACCAGACACGACUAUAGAUUCAGGAUCCACAGCAUCAAGUGCUGAAUUGUGUGGCAUCACUCCUCUGAACAACAGGAUAGUUGGAGGUGAAGACGCUCCAGCUGGAAGUUGGCCCUGGCAGGUUAGUCUGCAGAGAUUUGGCAGCCAUGUUUGUGGUGGUUCCCUCAUCAACAGAGAGUGGGUGAUGUCUGCUGCUCACUGCUUCUCCAGCACAAGUACUUCUAGAUGGCAGGUUUCUCUGGGUCGUCAGAACCUGCAGGGCAACAACCCAAACGAAGUGUCCAGAAGUGUUGCUGAGAUCGUGCUACACCCAGGUUAUGACAGUUCCACCAGCGACAACGACAUUGCUCUGCUCAGACUCUCCUCAGCAGUCACAUUCACAGACUACAUCAGACCUGUGUGUCUGGCAGCCAGUGACAGUGUGUUCAACAACGGGACUGAUAGCUGGGUCACUGGCUUUGGUGCAGUCCAGGAGGGAGUGUCAUUACCGUUCCCUGAAACUCUGCAAGAAGUGGAGGUGCCAGUUCUGGGGAACAGACAGUGUAACUGUCUCAAUGGAGUCGGCACAGUCACAGACAACAUGAUCUGUGCUGGUGUUCUGGCAGGAGGCAAAGACUCAUGUCAGGGUGACUCAGGAGGUCCGAUGGUGAACCAGCAGGGCCCCGUCUGGAUCCAGUCUGGAAUAGUUAGUUUUGGGUUUGGCUGUGCUCGGCCCAAUCUGCCGGGAGUGUACGCCAGAGUGUCCAGAUACCAGUCCUGGAUCGACUCCCACAUCAGCUCUGAUAAGCCAGGCUUUGUCCGCUUCACCUCCAGUGGGCUGGAUGCUGACAGCAGCUACACCUGUCCUGGUCUGCCAGCUCCUGCUGUUACUCUUCCUGCUACUGCAGGACCAGACACGACUAUAGAUUCAGGAUCCACAGCAUCAAGUGCUGAAUUGUGUGGCAUCACUCCCCUGAACAACAGGAUAGUUGGAGGUGAAGACGCUCCAGCUGGAAGUUGGCCCUGGCAGGUUAGUCUGCAGAGAUUUGGCAGCCAUGUUUGUGGUGGUUCCCUCAUCAACAGAGAGUGGGUGAUGUCUGCUGCUCACUGCUUCUCCAGCACAAGUACUUCUAGAUGGCAGGUUUCUCUGGGUCGUCAGAACCUGCAGGGCAACAACCCAAACGAAGUGUCCAGAAGUGUUGCUGAGAUCGUGCUACACCCAGGUUAUGACAGUUCCACCAGCGACAACGACAUUGCUCUGCUCAGACUCUCCUCAGCAGUCACAUUCACAGACUACAUCAGACCUGUGUGUCUGGCAGCCAGUGACAGUGUGUUCAACAACGGGACUGAUAGCUGGGUCACUGGCUUUGGUGCAGUCCAGGAGGGAGUGUCAUUACCGUUCCCUGAAACUCUGCAAGAAGUGGAGGUGCCAGUUCUGGGGAACAGACAGUGUAACUGUCUCAAUGGAGUCGGUACAGUCACAGACAACAUGAUCUGUGCUGGUGUUCUGGCAGGAGGCAAAGACUCAUGUCAGGGUGACUCAGGAGGUCCGAUGGUGAACCAGCAGGGCCCCGUCUGGAUCCAGUCUGGAAUAGUUAGUUUUGGUUUUGGCUGUGCUCGGCCCAAUCUGCCGGGAGUGUACGCCAGAGUGUCCAGAUACCAGUCCUGGAUCGACUCCCACAUCAGCUCUGAUAAGCCAGGCUUUGUCCGCUUCACCUCCAGUGGGCUGGAUGCUGACAGCAGCUACACCUGUCCUGGUCUGCCAGCUCCUGCUGUUACUCUUCCUGCUACUGCAGGACCAGACACGACUAUAGAUUCAGGAUCCACAGCAUCAAGUGCUGAAUUGUGUGGCAUCACUCCUCUGAACAACAGGAUAGUUGGAGGUGAAGACGCUCCAGCUGGAAGUUGGCCCUGGCAGGUUAGUCUGCAGAGAUUUGGCAGCCAUGUUUGUGGUGGUUCCCUCAUCAACAGAGAGUGGGUGAUGUCUGCUGCUCACUGCUUCUCCAGCACAAGUACUUCUAGAUGGCAGGUUUCUCUGGGUCGUCAGAACCUGCAGGGCAACAACCCAAACGAAGUGUCCAGAAGUGUUGCUGAGAUCGUGCUACACCCAGGUUAUGACAGUUCCACCAGCGACAACGACAUUGCUCUGCUCAGACUCUCCUCAGCAGUCACAUUCACAGACUACAUCAGACCUGUGUGUCUGGCAGCCAGUGACAGUGUGUUCAACAACGGGACUGAUAGCUGGGUCACUGGCUUUGGUGCAGUCCAGGAGGGAGUGUCAUUACCGUUCCCUGAAACUCUGCAAGAAGUGGAGGUGCCAGUUCUGGGGAACAGACAGUGUAACUGUCUCAAUGGAGUCGGCACAGUCACAGACAACAUGAUCUGUGCUGGUGUUCUGGCAGGAGGCAAAGACUCAUGUCAGGGUGACUCAGGAGGUCCGAUGGUGAACAAGCAGGGCCCCGUCUGGAUCCAGUCUGGAAUAGUUAGUUUUGGUUUUGGCUGUGCUCGGCCCAAUCUGCCGGGAGUGUACGCCAGAGUGUCCAGAUACCAGUCCUGGAUCGACUCCCACAUCAGCUCUGAUAAGCCAGGCUUUGUCCGCUUCACCUCCAGUGGGCUGGAUGGAAGUAGCUACACCUGUCCUGGUCUGCCAGUUGCCACAACACCAACGACAAAACCAAUUACGGCAAAACCAAGUACUACUACCCAAAGUGCAACAACCCCUGCAAGGGAAGUGUGUGGCAGAGCACCCAUGAACAGCCGCGCUAUCGGUGACAGUGGUGUUGCGCCUGGAGGGAUGUGGCCCUGGAUGGUUAGUCUCCACAAAAACGGCGUCUACACUUGUGGGGGAACCCUCAUCUCUCGUAGGUUUGUCCUCACCUCUGCGCAGUGUUUCUCUAGCUCCAAACCAGAUGCCAGUGAGUGGAGAGUGUUUGUGGGUCAGCGACCUGUGAACGGCUCUGACGAGUUUGAGAUGUCUGUGGGUGUAAAGAGGAUUUUAGUUAGCCAGUUGCCAGGUAUCAAUAUUGCGUUGCUGAGGCUGAGUAAGCGGGUCAAUCUCCAGGAUUAUAUCCAGCCUGUGUGUACAGAUGUCAGCAAUUCCAGAUCCUUCCCCAUUGGCACGAAAUGCUGGGUGGCAGGAUGGGGCAAGGGCAGCAAGAGCACAGGCACUGCUAAAGCUGGCUCAAGCCUUCGAGACCUUGAAACUCAAGUUGCAAGUUGUGGGAGCGAUUCUGAUGCAGAGAACAUUUGCACUUAUGCUAUGGACCUUCAACAGGAGGAUCAAGGCAGCCCUCUGCUGUGUAAGUCAGACUCAUCUUGGUUCCAAGUGGCCAUUGUAACAAUGAGUCAAAGUAAAUCAGCCCGCGCUGAUAUCCAGGUCUUUGCCAAAACCUCAAAAUUCGGGUCCUUCCUAAGGGAGACAGUUGACGACAUGCCGACUCCCACAACAGGAAAUGCAGCAGGUUUCUCAGUUUCCAUUUUUCUCUCUUUCAUUGUCCCCAUCCUUUCAUUGUUUCUGUGGUCAGGCUGUUAGGUGUGCUGUCACUUGGGGUGGUUGAAGGAGUUCAU